CACUUUUUAUGUGCAGCUAGAAAACUGUAAUCAUUUGUGUCAUUGUUGCAGAAGUAGGAAAUACUUUAAUUCUCUUUCUGUUUGUUUUUUAUUCAGAUAAUGAAACUGCUGUUUACACAUUGAUGCCAAUGGUUAUGGCUGAUCAACACAGGUCUGUUUCUGAACUCCUGUCAAAUUCAAAAUUUGAUGUCAAUUAUGCCUUUGGACGUGUGAAGAGAAGCUUGCUUCACAUUGCAGCAAACUGUGGAUCGGUGGAAUGCCUGGUUCUUCUGUUAAAGAAAGGAGCAAAUCCCAACUAUCAAGACAUUUCAGGCUGUACACCCCUUCAUCUGGCUGCUAGAAAUGGACAGAAGAAAUGCAUGAGUAAAUUACUGGAAUACAGUGCUGAUGUCAACAUUUGUAAUAAUGAAGGCCUUACAGCAAUACACUGGCUGGCUGUGAAUGGGAGGACAGAGUUACUCCAUGACCUUGUGCAACAUGUCAGUGAUGUGGAUGUUGAGGAUGCAAUGGGGCAGACAGCACUGCACGUAGCCUGCCAGAAUGGCCACAAAACGACAGUGCAGUGCUUGCUGGACAGUGGUGCAGAUAUCAACAGGCCCAACGUGUCAGGAGCCACUCCUCUGUACUUUGCUUGCAGUCAUGGUCAGAGAGAUACUGCACAGAUUCUUCUGUUACGAGGAGCCAAAUAUUUACCAGAUAAAAAUGGAGUAACCCCUCUAGAUUUAUGUGUACAGGGUGGAUAUGGAGAGACUUGCGAAGUAUUAAUUCAGUAUCACCCAAGGCUUUUCCGGACUAUUGUUCAAAUGACACAGAAUGAAGACCUUCGGGAAAACAUGUUACGGCAAGUUCUGGAGCACUUGUCUCAGCAGAGUGAAAGCCAGUACCUAAAGAUUCUGACAAGCCUUGCUGAAGUGGCUACAACAAAUGGUCAUAAACUGCUUAGCUUAUCAAGCAAUUAUGAUGCUCAGAUGAAGAGCCUUCUAAGGAUUGUGAGGAUCUUUUGUCAUGUCUUUCGAAUUGGCCCCUCAUCUCCCAGUAAUGGAAUCGAUAUGGGCUACAAUGGGAAUAAAACUCCAAGAAGCCAGGUGUUCAAGGUCAGAGAAGUAGUUGUUAGGAAGGUAGAUGUAAAAGAGAUGACUGUAACACAGCAUGCAUCCCUUAAUCAGAACCUCCUGGACAGGAUUUAAGUUUGCUGCAUAACU